AGGCUGUCAAAAAAAAGAAAGAAAAAAAAAGAAAGAAGCAGCGGAUGAGCCUAACGCUCGGCAACACAUUCGAAAAAUAACGCUCGCCACUAUCGAGAGGCCUUGUUUUGCUGGAUAACUUUUUUUUUUUUUUAAUUUAAACUGAUGUCCACGACGGCUUUUUCGUGACGGAUAUAUACAUCCACCCUUAUUUAUAUACUGUACGUACACACACACAGAUUGGAAAAGAUGGACGACAUCGACGCCAUGUUCAGCGACCUGCUGGGCGAGAUGGACCUCCUGACGCAGAGUCUGGGACAAGAACAAGCGCCGCCCCCCUCCUCUCCACCCGAAGCCGAGCAAGAAGUCAACCUCUCCAUCGGCUUCACGGACCUCAAUGCGUCUCUGAAUGAGCUGGAGGACAACGACCUGGAUGCUCUGAUGGCCGACUUGGUGGCCGACCUCAACGCCACAGAGGAGAAGCUGGCGGCCGAGAUCGAGAGUCUGAAGGAGCCUCAGCCCGAGCCUUUGCCGCCUCCGAGCGUCGGCCCGCCCUCCUCAAGCCCUCCGCUCUCCAGCGACUCGUCCACCACCUUCCCCUCGUCCACUUUACCGCCUCCACCCCCGCAAUCUAGCAAACCUACGAUGGAGGAGAUUGAAGCUCAGAUCAAGGCAGACAAAAUCAAGCUGGCUCUGGAGAAGCUCAAAGAAGCAAAAGUGAAAAAGCUCGUGGUGAAGGUGUGCAUGAACGACGGCAGCUCCAAAACGUUGAUGGUGGACGAGAGGCAGAACGUGAGAGAGGUGCUGGACAACCUCUGCGAGAAGACGCACUGCGACUACAACGUGGACUGGAGCCUGUGCGAGACCAACCCAGAACUGCAGCUCGAGAGGACCUUUGAGGAUCACGAACACCUUGUAGAGCCCCUCCUGGCUUGGACCAGGGACAGCGAGAACCAAAUCCUCUUUCAGGAGAGUUCAGACAAGUAUGAAGUCUUCAAAAACCCGCAGAAAUUCUACUUGUGGAAGAAGGACAAGAAGGUGCUGAAAGACAUGAAGGACAAAGACAAGGAGAUCUUGAUCAAGGAGAACUUCUGUGGGACGUCCAUUAUGGUGCCCGAUUUGGAAGGGGUCCUGCACCUCAAAGAGGACGGCAAGAAGUCGUGGAAGCCCCGCCUCUUCCAGCUCAGAGCCUCCGGAAUUUAUUACGUGCCCAAAGGCAAGACCAAGUCGUCUCGUGACCUGGUGUGCUUCGUGCAGUUCGACAACGUCAACGUUUACUACGGAAAAGACUUCCGAGCGAAGCAUAAAGCGCCCAGCGACUUUUGCUUUGUGCUCAAACAUCCGCAGAUCCAGAAGGACUCUCAGUACAUUAAGUAUUUGUGCUGCGACGACGCCUGGACCAUGAACCUGUGGGUCACUGGAAUACGCAUUGCAAAGUACGGCUCCAACUUGUAUGAAAACUUCAAAACGGCAGAGAAGAAGGCGGCCGUCGGUUCCGCGUGGGCAAGCUGCAGCGUUACGUCAGGCCAAAAACAAUCGCAAAGCCAGGUCGCCAACGGCCACGCAAACAACACGUCACCUUCUCCUCUUCCUCCACCUCCACCCCCACUCGGCGAAGACCUCCCCCCACCACCACCUCCUCCUCCUCAACUUGGUAAAACCCUCCCCCCAGCGCCUCCCCCUCUUGGCGCAACACUACCGACACCCCCCCCCCCCCCUGGGGGGACCCCGCCCCCCCCCCCCCCCCCUCGCCGCAACCCUCCCCCCUACCCCCGCCACCUCCCCCACAUAUCGGAACUCUACCCCCUCCGCCGCCUCCUCCUCCUCUACCAGCUCCCAACUGUGCAUUCGCUUGUCCUCCUCUUCCAACCAAAUCUUCCCCCAAACCCGUCCCCCAACCACGACGUCCAACGACCAAUCUCCCGCUGCCUCCCCGGGCCGCAGAUAACCUUCCCGCCUCCCCCUCCGCCACCCGUCGACGACUCUCCGCCGGACUUCCUUCCUCCACCUCCUCCGGCGGCCAAUUUUGGCUCGCAUCCACCUCCUCCGCCACCCGUGAAGACCCUACCGCCUCCCCCGCCUCACAUGAAAACCCUACCGCCUGCUCGUCUAAGUUUCAAGAGCACGAACCUGCCGCCGCCACCUCCUGAUCCAGGAUUUUUACCGCCUCCGCUCACGGGGGUGCCGCCUCCACCACCACCACCUCCUCCGCCCCCUCCCACAACGGCUGCCGCUGGCCCCCGAAGGGCUCCGGUGAGGCCUUCUGGGUCGUUGAAAAAGAUGCCGCCGCCUCCGCCUAAGAGGUCUACGCCUUCUCUUCAUGGAAGAAGAGAUGGCGAUAGAGGAGAUGGCGAUGGAGGAGGUGGCGGUGACUUUAUGUCAGAACUGAUGCGCGCUAUGCAGAAGAAGCGUGACCCCCAUUAAGUUUACUGUUUGACAUUUGAAGCCAACAUUGUUUGCAAGAGGUGUAUAUAUUCUGGGAUCAGGUUUACAUGCAUGUAAGUAGUCUUUAAAAACUAAAUGCUGCAUCUAAAAAAAAA